AUGAUCAUGGCAGUCACAGGUGGAGGAGGUACAGGUAGCCAUGUAGAAGUCGUCGUCGUGCUUCUGGCGCUGCUGAGCAUAGAGCGCGGCGGCGAGGGCCUCGGCGUCGGUGGUGUCAACGGCGUGGUCCGACUGCUCCUCACGAGCGUCCUGAUCCUGAUCCCCACGCGCGUCGUAGCGCGCCCGCUCCUCCUCCUCCUCCUCCCCGUCGCGGGUGCGGAGAAGGGGCCCACCACCGGAGCCGGAGUCCCCGGCGCGCGAGGUGGCCGAAAGGAUCGCGGUGAGCAGCUCGUCCUGGUCGGUGGCCUCGCGCUCGAGUCGCUCAGCGCGGGCGCGCAGCUCGGCGGUGUCGGCCUCGGCGUCUGCGAGGCGCGCGCUGAGGGAGGCGGCCUCGUCCCCGGCGGCGGCGGCGCGAUGGCCCGCGAAGAUCUCGGCGGCGCAGUGGCCCGCGGGCGUUGGCGCGGUCGUCCACGCGGCGGCGCGCGCGGAGCUGCCGCAGCUGGUCCUCGGAGCGCCGGGGGAGGAGCGUCUUCGACUCCGUCCAAUCGGAGGCCGCCGGAGCUGGAGAGCUAG